GCGCGGCGUCGGUCAGCGUUCAUCAGUCCGGUUCGAAAUGCGACGGCGUCGCGACGCUACACUGUUUACCACACGCUCGUACCUGAACUCCUAAGUAAAUGAACCCUCAGUGCUUGUUUGCAACAAUAAACAAACUACUACACAACGAAUUUAGAGAAACAUAAUAAAUCAAUGUGAAACUAUUUGAAUUUCUACGAAACUAUUAGUUGAAACAGUUUAAAAUGUGGACAAUACAUUGUGAUCUAAUGGAAAAAUCAAUCGAACGGUAAUUAGAACUACCAGAGCGUCAAUUAACGCGACGAAUGAUAAAAUUAUAUUUCAGAUAAAAAUCUUCUAAAACAAUAAAACAAAAUGGCGGAAAACGUCAAGGUCAUCGUAAGGUGUCGACCUAUGAACGCAAAAGAGAAAGAAUUACAGAGCAAACCUGUGGUAAAAAUGAAAGAUUGUAUGGUGGAAAUUUUUGAUCCUGCUGAAGGACCUGCAUUUCCCAAGCAAUUUACAUUUGAUUCCGUGUAUGAUGUUGACAGCCAAACAGAAAAUAUUUACAACGACAUCUGUUAUCCUUUAGUUGAGAGUGUUUUAGAAGGAUAUAAUUCAACGAUAUUCGUCUAUGGACAAACAGGAUGUGGAAAAUCCUACUCAAUGGAAGGCAAUAAAACCUCAAACCCACCAGAAAAAGGAAUAAUCAGUCGAACAUUCGAGCAUAUCUUCGAAGCAAUCAGCGUGGCGACUGAAACAAAAUAUUUAGCAAUAGUAAGCUAUCUAGAAAUCUACAACGAACAAAUACGUGAUCUUUUGACAUUCGACGGGUCCAAAACAGCCGCAAAUAGCAAUAAUCUACCAUUAAAAGAUACCCAAAACGAAGGACUAACAGUUGCAGGACUCACAACGCAUCAAGUUCACAAUAUGCAAGAAUGUGAAGAAUUAUUACAAAUCGGCGCUAAGAACAGAAUGAUUGGAGCAACACUAAUGAAUCAAAACAGUUCAAGGUCACACAGUAUAUUUACAAUAAGCAUUGAGCAAAUAAACAACUGUAAUGACACUGAAACAAUCCGCAGAGGAAAAUUAAAUUUGGUUGAUUUAGCUGGUUCUGAACGACAAGCUAAAACAGGAGCUACUGGUGAGAGGUUAAAAGAAGCUACAAAAAUUAACUUGUCGUUAAGUGCGUUAGGAAAUGUCAUAUCUGCAUUAGUCGAUGGCAAAGCUAAACAUAUCCCCUACAGAGAUUCAAAACUUACAAGACUAUUACAGGAUUCUUUAGGUGGUAAUACAAGGACUUUGAUGAUUGCGUGUAUAAGUCCUGCAAGUAGAAAUUAUGUAGAAACAUUAUCAACGUUGAGAUAUGCAAACAGAGCGAAAAAUAUUUCAAAUAAACCAAAAGUUAAUGAAGAUCCUAAAGAUGCAAUACUCAGACAGUAUCAAGAAGAAAUAGAAAGGCUUAAAGACAUGCUUAAUAAAUCAGUCAGGUUAUCAACACCAUUGAAAAUUGAAGAUGUCGAUGAGGAGUCGACUAUUAUCAGUGAUAACAAAAAAAUAAACAUGAAUCAUUUAAAUAUUCAUAACAAUAAUAACACACAAGAUGAUUUAGAUCAAAAACGUGAUUUUUUAAUUCAACAAUACGAAUCUGAGAUGGAAAAACUCAAGAAUCUUCAUCAGGAUGAAAAAGCUCAGAAGGAAAAUAUCAUGAAGCAAAUAGAAACCAUUCGGGAGGAAUACAAUCAAAGUAUAGAGAAAUUAAAUGAUGAGAUAAAAAGUCAACAGGAGAUAAACGCGUCGAAUAAACCGGAAACUGUGAAUAAGGAAGAAAUCCUUCAAAGGAUUGAAUUGUUGAAGGCGAAUAUGAUUGGUGGUGAACGUGCCAAUGAUAAAGAAUUAUCAGAAAGAAGAAGGAAGAAGAAAAUCGCAUCAGAGAGGAGACUUAGUGCUAUUGCGCAUGUCCUUGCCAAAAUGGAUCUCAAUGAAGACCGGGAGAUCCUUCAGAACCAAUACAAGGAUAUUGCUCAAGAGUUGAAUUUAAAAACUGAUGCGUUGAGGCGUUUUCGGCACCGGGUGAAAAGUUUAGAGAAAGAGAUUCAGGACAUUCAAGGGGAAUUUGAGACUGAACGCCAGGACUAUUUGGAAACCAUCAGGAAACAGGACAUGAGUGUUAAGCUAAUGACACAGAUUUCUGAUAAAAUGAGUGGGAGUAUGAAGAAAGAGUGUAAUUAUAGAGAUUUGGAGUCUAUCAAGGAGCAAGCUGUAUGGUCAGAUGAUUCCCAAAAAUAUAGACUACCCGAAUUAAUCUUCAAAAGGACAAAAUUUCCACCUGCAGGAAAUCAACGAGUUUCUUCAUCGAAUUCCGAAAACAGCAGCGCCCCCACAUCACCACCAGACUAUUCACUAACAAACGGAAGUGGAAACGGAAAUGGAUACAUCAACGGACAUGGCGAGCGUUUUGAGAAAAUGGACGACGACAUAGUCGGAAGUUACUUCAAACCUAAACGUGCAACGCAGUUGUUGAAUCAAUCCGUGCGUCAAACCAUGAAUACGAAUCAAAUAUUCAAUACUUGGAGAGGAAAAUUGUUAGAAGUACCGGUUACAGAUUUUGCCACCACGCGGCGCCACCAGCAACCAUCCGGCCAAUCAGCGUACCACAAUGGUCAUAAUCAUAACCUCAACGGACCAAAUCUGACUAGUACUCAAAACGGAAAUGAUCAUUCGCCAUGGCAUCGUUCUCCAAGGAAACAAUCAACAACAAACGGUCAUUUUCUUUCUGAUUCUAACCUAAGAAGACCUUUGAGGUUAGAAGCACUACCAACCAUAGAAAAAGGCAGACAUUCAUAGUUAUAAAAAAAUUUGUAUAAAAUUGUUAAAAGUAUACAGAGUGUUAUUUUAACCUGAAAAAGUUUAUUGUAAAUUUGCAGAGUUUAUCAUAGAUAAAAACCCAUAGAAUAAAGUAGAAUAUUUAUUAUUGUUAUCAUAUUGUGUGAUAUUAUGAUUAAUUUAUGUUUUGAAUAUCCUGUAAUUUUUAUAUAUUCAAAGAAGAGAAAUAUAUUUGUUGUUGAAAGUAAAAA